UUUAUGUUUGGGUGAUAACAAAUGAGGAUGUUUCUAUGUUUAUUUGUAAACAAACCAAAAUGAAAGUAAACUGGCAUUCGUAGGUGUGAGGCUAUAGGCCAAUCAAAAUUAAACAUAAAUCUGACUUCCGGUCCAAAUAUUAUAAUUUCACUGCGGAUAAAACAGGAAAAGUUUUUGAUGGAAUAAGCGAACCAAAGUUAUUUAAAUCAGUGAUCAUUGCAACUGAAAACAACAACAGCUGAACAAUGCGUUUGACACGUUGUUUAUUACUUCAGACUUUAAAAGGGUUUGACAAAUAUGCCAAGUUUCACCCAUCUCCCUUAUCAUUGGAAGAAAUGUUCUUAUUUGGGACAAAAACUGGUACAGAACAGUCAUCGUUUGAGUUCUUGCGACGAGAACUGCCAGUACGUUUGGCUAAUAUAAUGAUGGAGAUGAACCAGUUACCAGAACCUCUAUUAAAUGUUCCAUCAGUUACCAUGGUCAGCAACUGGUAUAAAAAAAGUUUUACAGAAAUUAUAGGCUUUGAGAAUUCAGAUGGCAAAGAUCUAGAUACACUGUCAACUUUUGCUGAUACUCUUGUCGUAAUCAGAAAUCGUCAUGCCAAUGUGGUAGAAACAAUGGCACAGGGAGUUAUGGAAUUAAAGGAUAGGUAUGGAGAAGAAAACAUGGACACCUUACAGUACUUCCUUAACAGAUUCUUCACAAGUAGAAUUAGUAUACGAAUGUUAAUCAACCAACAUGCUUUAUUAUAUGGUUCUCAGUUAGGCAACCACCCCAGACAUAUAGGUUGUAUAGAUCCUAAAUGUAAUGUACUAGAAGUUGUUAAAGAUGCUUAUGCUAAUGCCAGAUUUCUUUGUGAACAGUAUUAUUUAACAGCACCUGAACUUGAACUAAUAACACAUAAUAUACAUGAUAAUGAAGAAGAUAUAUCAAUAGUGUAUGUCCCUUCACAUUUGUAUCAUAUGUUGUUUGAAUUGUUUAAGAAUUCAUUAAGAGCAGUUGUAGAGAAUUUUCCUGUAGACAGUACUUUACCAAAAUUAAAGGUUCAUAUAUGUAAAGGAAAAGAAGAUCUAUCUAUUAAGUUGUGUGAUCAAGGAGGUGGUAUACCUUAUAACAAUAUAAACAAAUUAUUUGAGUACAUGUAUUCUACUGCACCAAGUCCAUCAUGUGCUGAUUCAGGAUCUGCUCCACUGGCUGGUUACGGGUAUGGUUUACCAUUGUCAAGACUUUACGCCCAGUAUUUUCAAGGAGAUUUAGUGGUCUCAUCAGUGGAUGGAUUUGGUACAGAUGCUUAUAUAUAUUUAAAGGUUUUAUCAAAUGAAGCCAAUGAGUGUUUACCUAUAUAUAACACAACAUCAGCUAAAAUGUAUGAAACAGAUGUUGUUGUUUCUGAUUGGACAAGUCCACCAAAAAGUCCACAGAAUUCAAGGACAUUUUCAACUCACAGUAGAACAUAUCAACCACGGACUUGAUUUUGUGAUCUUUUGUUAUAAUGAAACCCAGAAAUGUCACAUCCCUAACCACCUCAGCACUAACAGAGUAGAAGUUUGAUUAUAGUUGGUCAGCUUAUUUUCAAUGAUAUUUAUAAGGAGGGUAGAAGUGUGUCUACUUGAAUGAGUGUACCUUAUUUAUAUGUUGGGUAUUUAUCUGUAAAGUUUUGUAAUCUGGUCGAUAUUUUGUCUGAGAUGAGAAAAAGUGGUAUAUAUUGGUGCUACAAUAGUCGUAAUAUAUUUGUCAAACUAAUUGUGUAGCAAGAUUUUUUUUUUACAAUAUGCGAAUUUUUGUACAUGUAAGUGUUUCCCUUUAGAUUGUUAAUACUAAUAAUGGAAUACACCAAAACAGUUCAAACUUGUAAAACACUAGUCAUUUAAUGAAUUGUUUUUUGAUAUCAGAUAUUUUCCUUUUAGGAAAUGAAGGGUCUUAUAAUGGCAUUUUGUUUUUAAAUGUUCUGUGUUCAUUGUUUUCAUUUUACAUUUCAAUGUCAUCCAAACCAAAUAUCACUAUGGUAUCUGAUAUUUGAUUUGUUAAAUGAAGUAAUUCUAUAAAUUUGAAUAAAUUAUAUAUUGGAUGGAGAGUUGUUUCAUUGGCACUCAUACCACAUCUUCUUAUAUCUAUAUACAGAAUAAAUAUAUUCUAGAUCCAUCAAGUUGCCUUUGUGGGCUGUUGCCAUUAUGUGUUUUCUCAAAUUUCAUUUCUCUUAAGUAAUUGAAGUGAAUUUAAGAAUGAGGAAAAAUAAUAAUGUUGCUGGUUUAAUGUAACUCAGCCUGAACAAAAAAACUGAUCAAAAUCAGUCUGAAGGCAACAAUAAAAUAAAAGAAACAAUUUUGAUUGAAAGUAGUGGUUUAAAUUUUAGCCAGUACAUUCAUAGGUUUGAAAUAUGUCUGAUAUAUUAUCAAGAUCACUUCAUCUAAAUGCAUGCAUGUUAUUUGAGUACUCCAAAAGUGUCAUAAAGGCUGUCAUGAAGAAAACCUUUAUAUUUCUUAAAUCUGUCUUGUUUGUUAACAGCAAUUUAUUUGGGACAUGCAAUUAUGAGGAAUAACUUUACAGAAAUCUUUUUUAUGAAGGCAAUAUUUACUCUUGGUUUAAAAGAGGCUUGUUUGUCUUAUUUUAUUGCUAUGUAAUUCUUAUCCAAUUCAGGGUAUUUGAAACAUCAAAUUGUGCAUCAUUUAUUGCUUAGAUACCCAGUUACCGUUCAUUUAUUUAAUAUAUGGGUUAUAAAAAGAAUCGAAAUCCAUUUCUUCUUGUUCACUGAAAUCCCUAUAAUUGUAAAGUUGAAUCCAGUAAAAAUAAUAAAUUUGAAUCAGAAGACUUGAUCUAUUUUACAGCAUGUAAAAUACUAAAUAAUUUGCAUGAGGAAAUUUCAUGACAAUACAUAGAUUACAAAACACUCAUUUUAAUCACAAAUUUCUGAAUUUCCUUUCACAAUAUAGUAUGAAAACAUUAGACAUUUUUAUAUUAAAGCAAUUCUUUUUUUUUCCAAUUUGAAUGUGGUGGUUGAUAUUUCUUUCUUAUUGAUAUUUCUUAUGGAGUAGGAUUUUUAAUAUUUUAAUUGGAUUAGAAAUCAAAACCAAACGUUUAUUUUUGUAAAUGAUAUUAUAUUUUAAAUUAUGUAUGAAAGGUAUACCAAUGUGAGGCAAUAUUAUAUUGAGAAAAAAGGCUGUUUUAAAAAAUGUACAAUUUUCUUCUGGAAAGUCUUGACUUCAUUAGAAUAUUUAGCUCACCAGGUCAAAAAUACAUGUAAAGAUAUUAGCACCACACUGUGCCUUUUAUCAAUUUAUUCCAACAUCUAUGACUAACAAUAUCUUUUGUCUAUGGUUACCCAAUUUUUUUGAAAAGUUUACAGAAGAAAAGAGUAUAUAUUGAAUAAAUGAUGUAUGAUAGGUUCAUUAUAAAAAGUUUACAUGCUGUUAAAUUCAGCAUUGCCAACAACAUUUUGUGGUCUUUUUCUGAACUAUAGUUGAGAACAUGUAUAAAAACCUUUCAUAAAUAAAGCAUUUAUAUAAAUAGAUCUGGCUGCUAAAGGUAAUUACUGGUUUUUAUUUAUGAGAUCUCCUCAGGAACAAUGAUAAAAUGUUUAAUAAAUAACUACAAAGAUGUGUGGAAAAGGUGUUUAAAGAUCUUCUCUGGAUUAAGUGACCUUAGCUUUGAGCCUUCUGUUGAGGCCUUAUUCAGGUUUUUAAUAAAUUAAGGGUACAUAUGUAAUAAAAUUUCAAUUGGACUCUUCCAUAUCAUUGGUGGCCUUUCUUUUGAAUCCCUUGCUUGUCUAGACCUGAUGAACUUGCCAUAUGUUUCAGAUUCUUGUUUUAUACAGAUUUAAAUCAUAUGUUGCCUCCUACAGUUCUUUUUUUGAAUAAAUUAACAGAAAAAAUGUGAUAAACAAAUUUCCUUUGAGACAGGAAACAAGUCUACAACUUUACCAAGGUUCUUGACCCUUCUUACACAUUUUAAUAAGUGAUGGAAAAUAGAUUUUUUUUUGCACUCAUUUUCGUUUAAACCAGUGGAAAUCUAAAGUACACUCAGAGAGGAACAUACAUAAGUUUAUUUCAGGAAGAGCUUGCAUUUUGUUAUGGUAUAAAGAUGUGAAUGUGUAUUUUCUGGAUAGGGUGUUUAUGUUUUGGAAUUAGGAAGUGUGAAUGUGUAUUUUAUGACUGAUGUCUGGUUAUGUGUAUAAAUGUGAAUGUGUAUUGUCAUGAUAAUGUGUUUGUGAUUUGUAAUUUGAAAGUGUGAAUGACUAUUUUCUUGCUGAUGUGUCUGGUUUGGUGUAUGAAUGUGCAUAUGUAGUUUCUUUGCAAUAUAUGAGCAUAUGUUUUUGUGUAUGGAAGUUUGAAUGUGUAGCAUCUUGCUAGUGUGUAAAUGUAGGUACCUGUUGACUGGUGUGUACAACUUUAAUAUGAUUUUUAAAUCUGUAAAAUGGCAAUUUUGAUUAUUAACUACUUUUUACUUUCAUGACAUCUUCAAAUGCAUGAAAAAUACUUCCAAAAAGGUUGUCUUUUUUUAAAUUCCCACUAUGAAGAGUUUAAAAUAACCAUCCAUGUACUAACUGUAUGAUGAAUGAUAACAUAUCAUUACAUACUGCAAAUAAUAUGCUGCAUCAACAAGUUGAAAAGUUGCUUCAAUGGAAAGUUAUUUAAUUAUACUAAUACAUGUAUGAAUGAAGUAAGCUUGUAUACUUUAAGUUAAUCUAUAUAUUAUGUUUGAGAAAAUUGUUUUAAAAGUAUUUUGUAUUUGUAUAUUAUAAAAAUGGUAUGUUAAAAUAUGUCCAUUAUAUCAAUAGUCAAAUGAAUAAUGUUAGAUUUAUCAUUGUUUGGUGGAAAUUAAAAGAACUUUAUUUCC